AUGACCUCUCGAGGGAAAAUGAUGGUUGAGAUGGCUUUGAAACGCCGACAUCAAGGUCAAGCACCCAAAUCAAAAACAUGGACAGUUCUUGUUAGUUGUCUGGAUAUUAGUUUCCUGGUGUUUGGUUCCGAUGAGCUGUUCUGCAGCACACCUGACACUACCCUUGCUGCUCUUAUGGAGUUUCCCCUCAUUCCAGCCACAGGACCACUGCCAGCACCAGAGCCCACCCUUACUCCAGUCACAGCACCACUGCCAGCACCAGAGCCCACCCUCGCUCCAGUCACAGCACCACUGCCAGCACCAGAGCCCACCCUCGCUCCAGUCACAGCACCACUGCCAGCACCAGAGCCCACCCUCGCUCCAGUCACAGCACCACUGCCAGCACCAGAGCCCACCCUCGCUCCAGUCACAGCACCACUGCCAGCACCAGAGCCCAACCUCGCUCCAGUUACAGCAACACUGCCAGCACCAGAGCCCAUCCUCACUCCAGCCACAGCUCUACUACCAACACCAGAGCCCACCCUCGCUCCAGCCACAGCUCUACGUACUUCCAGCACCAGAGCCCACCCUCGCUCCUGCCACAGCUCUACUACCAGAGCCCACCCUCACUCCAUCCAAAGCCCCACCAAUGAGAGAUCCAUGUGGCCAGAAAUGCAGAAGAAAAUGCACAGACAAAUUUAG